GUAUAAAUAGGACUGGUUUCGUUUAUCUAAAUCAGAUGAAUUGAUUAUAGCAAGACUCAGUUUACAAGUCAAAUACUAGAUUGCCAGAGUCUUAUCAUAGUUUAGGAAUUUGAAAAAGAAAAUGGAUUGCGGUGAAGUGGUUUUGAAGAGGCUCCUAGGUGACAGUUCAAGAUGUACAUUUUGUGGGAAGGAGCCGGAAGAAAGCGCUGUUCUCUCCUGCUCCCAUCGGUUUUGUUUGGACUGCUUCAAGAAUUACUCGGCAGUAGUAGGUGAUAUGGAUGAUGACUUCCAGUGCCCGAAUGGAUGCGAGGGAAGCUAUCUCAAGCUGGCCCAAUGCCCAUCCACCGACCCGGGUAGUAUGUCACCGGAAGUGGAGAACAUGUGUAAUGACGAAAAGGAGCAGAGUAAUGACCCAGACUUCAGCAAGCUCAGAUGCAGCUCUUGCGAUUCUCCCGAUGCGGUUGCUACGGCAUGUUGUGACGAGUGCCGAGGAUUUCUCUGCGAUGACUGCGUCGAUGCCCACGCCAAGCUACGUCGCCUGAUGAAAACCCACCACGUUGUGCAGCUUGAUGAUCUGAAGAAUGGGAAGACGCAGAUGAGACAGCAAGCGAAGAGAUGCAGCAUACAUGAUGGUGAGAAAUUAACUUUCUUUUGCUGUCAUUGCCGCAUAAUGGUGUGUCCGCAGUGCGCCGUCCUGCAGCAUCCAAAGCCAGACCAUGACUGCGUCGAGCUCAAGACUGCCCAAACAAAUUUCGACAACCUCGUGAAGAAACUAGCAUCACGAUGUGAGACGAAACUAAAAGAUGCGGAUUCUCAGAUUUCCCAGAUUUCAAAAACGAAAAAGGAAAUAGAACUUGAGAUCAAUACAGUCGAACAGAUCAUCAACAGCACGGCUGAGCAGGUGAUCGAAGCAGUCAACACCAAUCGAGAGAAACUGUUAAAGGAAUGUGCGAUGGAAAGGGAUGUAUUAUUGGCAAAGAUUGAGAGGCUUCAAGAUGCGAAGCAGUACAUGUUUGAUCGAUUAACCAGUGCUAGAAAACUGAUGGGCGGAGAUGGAAAGAAGGGUCUGAAUAUACAACAUAGCAAAGCAGAUACCUUCUUUACGCGUGUUGACGAGAUUCUGUCGAGGAAAGAGAAAGAUAGCGACCUUGAUGAAUUAAAGGAGUACGUCCGUCGUAUCGGCUUUAAGAGAACAUCGUCAUACUACGAACAAACGACAUCGAUCGGAGAAAUCUUCCAACUCUCAGAGUGGGAAAUCUAUCGGGAAUAUGACCUCGAGUCUUCGGUGUCAACAAUGACAGCCUUUCCAGAUGGUCGAAUAGCCAUCGCCUGUGAAGAGGACACGGAGGGACUGAUGAUGGUCCUAUCGAACGGUUCGAAAGAGCGAGUUCUGGAUGGUGUGAAGGUCAAACAAGCCGCUGCUAUGUCGGAUGGACGAUUCGUCAUCAUCGACGACGAGAAUCGUCUUCGUUUAUUUUCAUGUCUUGGUCGCGAGAACCCAGCAGUAUAUUACGACCAUCCCGAAGACCUGUCCGAUGAUGCUGUACCUGUAUGCGUCACACAGGGUCAGGACCACGAACAUAUCCUAGUUGGAUUUAGCGGAUCAACCGCAUGCUAUGAAUAUCCAAUCUUCGGCGCCAAGCCAGUUAGGACCAUCACUACAGGAAACGUUGUCCCACAGAAGCUAGUGGUGACGAGAAAAGCCGAUGACCUGAUCAUCAUCGCCGUCAAUGACCACUGCGUCGUCGCAGUAGACGACUCUGGCUCGAUUAGAUGGCGUCUGGAAGAAGCCGACGCCAUUGCUCUCGUACCGGCCAUAUUCGGUGAUCACAUCUUCAUCGCGUCCAUCAACGAAAGUGAGGGUGUUGAAAGCUCCAAGCUUACCAUAGACAGCUACACUAUUGAUGGAGAGCUGAUCGAGUCGCUGGUUCAAGAAGAGAAAGUUGAAGUUCAGAAGAAAGAUUCAGUCAACUUGCAGAUGAUACUGUUGUCGAAAGCGAAGCUCGCAGUGAGCAUUGAGAAUCGAUGUCUAGUAUACCAUGGUCCUCAAACACUGGCAGAUAUCUCCGGAUAAAAUCAGAGACACGACAAACACUGUGACUUUAUUGGUGUACAUACAUGUAGAUCAAGUACCACACCAGUCAUUUAACUCCGGUGUUCCGCAUUUGGUGUUAAUUCAACACAUUGGUGUUACUUUUGCACUCCCUGGUGUUACGUUCAAUCUCUAGUGUGUGAUUUUAACACUUCAUUAACGUGUGGUCCUCUAGGUAUCGACAUCAACCGGUGUCAGUUUUAACCCCCAUUUUUUUAUUGUACGCAUGGAAACAUGAUACUGAAAGUGUUAAACACCUUAUUCAAUGAUUUUUGUAAUCCUGGCAUAAAUCAAUCAUAGUCAUAACAGUUGAGUCUGUACGUGUAGGGGACGUGGCAGAUGGUGACGAGGUACAAUUCGGUGUAUUUAUAUCGUACAUGCGCGGCCAUUUUCAGGUGUUGAUUAAAAUGACUGCACUAAGCUAAACAACUAUUUUUGUUUUAAAACUUUAUUUUUACAUCUCACGGGAAAUAUCAAUUGGAUGUGGCUUUAACAAUAAUGUAUUGUUUAAUAGGCCAAUAUACUGGAAGAGAAAUAUCUCUUUGACCCCUUGGUGUCUCCUGAAAAACAUAUAUCACAACAAAGAGUUCUUCAACGUGCUUAAAAUGCUAACUAACUACGUUAUUCUUUAUUAAAAAAUACAUCAUCAUUUCGAACACUCGAUUUUUUUAUCAACCCAAAAUUUUAUUCAAAUAUGAACCUACCAGCUGUUGAUUAACAAAAUUAUUUCAUUUUGCAUGCAAUUUGUUUUACUAAACAGUAAUUGGAUUGGUCACAUUUUAAACAACUUAUAAGUUAGUUAAAGUUCUAAGAUUUUAUACCAUACGUUAGAGAAGAAUUGAGUAAUCAACCAGUAAAGAGUAAUUCACUCAUUCCAUAUAAAAAGGUAUUUUACUAAUUAAUUCCAUCUAAAAAAGAAAUUCAAUGCGAAAGUUUUGCAAUGAUUUACUGUAUAUGUUUAUUUUCUUUUCAUUAUUAUGUAAUAUAAUGUACCGGUAGCAGGUAUAUACACUUGUUUCUAUCGUGUCAAAUAUUACUCAUUUCCAUAUAUAUUCUGACCAAUAUCGGAAAUGACGGGAUUGAUGUUGAAAUAUUGUGCAACUACCCUAAAAUAACUAAGCCGGUAAUUAUUAUACAACUUAAUCGUGUUUUACGUUGUUUCCUUCAUCAUUCGAUGAGUAAUUUUGUUUUGCUUCCGAGCAAACGAUCUGAAAUGAAAAUAUCUUUUAGAUGUGUUCCGGCCACGAAAGAAGCCGAUUUUUUUUUAAAUCUAUGAUGUUCAAAUUAUUUCAGUUAUUUCUUAUACGCAUAACUGCAUGCAUGUUGUAAGAUAUACACUUCUGAGUAACUCCGCGUUUGUAUGAAAUUGAAACGAAUUCUUUUAAAAGCAUGCAUGGAGAGGAUGAAUAAAACAGGGAUUAUCAAAUUUAUAAAAAUCCAAUUAUAUUCACAAAGUAAUACUACUAAUAAUAAUAGUGAGUUCUUGUAUAGCGCAUAACACAUGAAUAACGUCUCUAUGGCGCUUCCAAAGGACUUUAUUAACCCGGCUGUAGCCCAAGCAGCUUUGAUCAUUAGUAUUUGAUCAUUCCAUUUGUACUUUAAGAAAAGAGAUGCCAGUCAGUUGUACGUACUGUGCCUAGCAGAAGUAUUAAUGUAUUAUAAUAAAAAAACAUUUGUGCCGAAAAAAGGUCAUAAAAAGUUGUCACGAUUUGAAAAUCUGGCGAAAGCCCGAAGGUGGCACCUCUGUGAAUUAUUAGUUGAAGAACAUUCAAGUGUACAGUGUACUAUUUAUUUAUUUGUGAUUAUUUACUAAACCAUUUGUGAUUAUUGUAUAUUUAAAUGUAGAAAUCAAAUAAUUUUUAAUUAUGUUAACUUCACUGUCGUAAUAAAUCGUAAUAAAAUAUUGAUAUACACGUAAAUAAGAAAAAUUUAACUGUCGUUUCGUG